CCUGGGCCUGGACAAUGCUGGGAAGACAACCUUCCUGGAACAGUAAAAAACACGAUUUAACAAGAACUACAAGGGAAUGAGUCUAUCCAAAAUCACCACUACCAUGGGUCUAAACAUUGGCGCUGUGGACGUGGGAAAGGCUCGUCUCAUGUUUUGGGACUUAGGUGGGCCGGAAGAGCUGCAGUCGUUGUGGAACAAAUACUAUGCAGAGUGCCAUGGUGUCAUCUAUGUCAUUGAUUCCACAGAUGAGGAGAGGCUAUCAGAAUCAAAAGAGGCAUUUGAGAAGGUGGUUUCGAGUGAAGCAGUGCAUGGUGUUCCCAUCCUGGUGUUGGCCAACAAGCAGGACGUGGAGACUUGCCUCUCCAUUCCUGACAUCGAGACUGCAUUCAGUGACAGGACCUGCAAGAUUGGCCGGCAAGAUUGUCUGACCCAGGCCUGCUCUGCUCUCACAGGCAAAGGAGUUCGAGAGGGCAUCGAAUGGAUGGCGAAGUGUGUCAUACGGAAUGUUCACCGGCCACCACGGCAGAGGGACAUCAUAAGCACCUCCAACUUCACAGUCUUGGACUGUUCAUCCCCUGGUGUUGGGAGAGUAUUCUUUGCUGGCUUCUGGCCUCCUGACGCUGGAGCUUGAGCUGGCUUUGUCUGUUCAUUCUUUUAUUUGCUUUAUGUUUUCUCUAAGACAAACUUUUCUCUGUGUCUGAAGAAAAAGAAAACCAAAAGCAGAGGAACAUACUCCCUUCCUCACCCAUUGGGAUGGCCUCUAGCAACAAGGGAACAACACAAAAAGCAGAAAAGCCAUGUUGAGUAUGUGGAAAAUUUGGGUUCUUUGUAUGCUAUUGACUGCCAACACUAUGGAAAAUAGCAUUAGGUUUCUCUAAAAAUAAAAAUUACA